AUAGAAAUAAAACAUCGACCAUGUACCAAAAUAGAAGUUAUAUUCAUAUUACAAUGAAAUUAAAUACAUUUUAUCAAUUAAAAAAAUUCUAAAUUAACUACAGCCCUUGUUCGUACAUGUCACUGACGCCACUCUUGCCGCCAUCGUCGGUACUGUCGCUCCCGUCACUCCAUCGCCACAAUCUCUUGCUGCCAUUGCUAUUAAAUGCGGCCACCAUCUACAUUGUUGCUGCCACUAACACCGCCACGGUUGGAACUAUCGCCGUCAUAGCCACCGCGAUCUACCGCUCUCAUGCCCAUUUGUUACGGAUGCUGCCUCCAUCGCCCCCAUUUUUUGCUCUCAAUGUCAGAAUUUACUCCCAUUGUCGCCACCAUAAUGCCAUGGUGUUACUACUAAGGGAGAAAGCUUUCAAUUCCAAUACAAUGUCAACCAAAACCACAAUGUCAAAGACGAUAAUGCAUACUGACAAACCUGAAUACAAUAUGAAGAAGGAAUGCUGCGGAGCAGCGUUAACAAAGAAUGAGAAAAAUGACUUGAUAUAGUAUCACGAAUCGCGUAAAAUGCUUAAAGAUCAAAGUUAUUUCGGAGUAUACGAAAUACUUCAAUCGGAUAUAUCGUUAAUCAAGACCAAGCCUUUUUGAAUUGUAUUUGCAACCAUAGAGAUGAAGAUGACCGAUCAGACACGAUGUUUUGCAUAAAGAUUUGCAAAUUUUCGCACAAUAGGGAUAAUCGCAGACUUCCGACUUUUGGACGCAAACGUUCGUGGAAUUUGGUCAAAUUCAGUCUUUAUUCGACUUCCAAGACAUUCUAAUGCUUCAGACUUCAUUCACGAAAAUCUAAAGUAUUCUCAUAAAGAAAUAAUGUUCAAAGUAGAAAAAUUAUUAUUAAUCCAAGAACUCAUAUACAUUAUUUUGUAAUUUUAAGAUUUUGAUAAAUACUUUGAAUCGUAAUAUAACAAUAGUGUAAUUAUAAUAAUUAUAUUUUUUUCUACUAAAUACGGAGUAUAUUUUAAAUACUAAAUAUGAUAUCUUUUAAAAUAAAAUUUGUAGUUUUAAUAAUAAUUCACAUGUAUUAACAUUUAUAUAGAAAGGGUAUAAAUUAUGGUAUAAUCUUAAUAUGGUCCUUAGAGAGGUUGUCUCGUGCUGGGUACACACAAGAAACUAUUACAAAUAAUAAAACUAUUACACUACCAUUGCCGAAAUUCGAUCUAAGGAUCAAUGAGUUUGACAUUUUCUCCUUAGACCAGCUGAGCUACACAUGCUAGUACUUAAAACAUCACUAAUGGGAGGGAAUAUGGAUAAAAAUAACCUAUGAGGCAAUGAGGAAUGGUUAGAGAUGGUAGGGGAAAGUGAGAAGGGGAAUAAUAUGCAUCAAGAGAUGAAAAGUUUUGAUUGGGUAUGAAAUUAAAUACUCCCUCCGUCCUAAUUCUUUCUUUCUAGUUUGACUUUUCCUCAUUUUUAAUUUUUGGCUUUGACUUCAAAUUUUACUCUCCUUAAAAAAGAUUUUUUGAUUUUUUUUCAAUCAUUCAAAAUAUAGAGUUACAAGAUAAUUGGUGUAAAUACAUGAGGGUAUUAAUGUCAUUUGUCAUCUUUUUUUUCUAAUGGGAAGGUAGUUUUAGGACGGAGAAAAAGGGGAAGUGGGAAGAACGUUUUAGAACAGAAUGAGUAUUAAAUUUGAUUGAUUGAAAAUAAAAUAAAUAUUUUGAAAUCUAUACUAUAUAUAAAAGCAAAAGAUUUUGGGGGUAACAAACAAAAAAAAAGAGAGAAAAAAUCUGGACCGUGAAACUCCAAUCCAUGAUAAAUCUAUGGUUAUAGUUGUGCUUUAGGAUUGUUCAAAGAAAUAUGUGCCGCCCACCACCAUUAAUUUCUAACAUCAAUUGUCCUUUGGGAUUGUUGAGGAAGACCUUUGCACUUCUCAUUUUUCUUUCUUAAUCAAUGUAUAAGAACCGCUGCAUUCUUUGUUGUAAUGAAUGAAUAUGAACCAAAAGUUUGGAUUAAAAAAGUCCAUUCAUUAUUCUCUUAUAUUUUAUAUUCUCUUGAGUAUUAAUGAAGAUUUCAUUGAUGAUUCUUUAAAAACAUCAUAGUAUUAAUUUAAAUUUAUUCGUUGCAUUGAAAAUAAAUAAAUAAUAUGGUACCAUUUUAUUUAUCUACAACUUUAUACUCCCUCCGUUUGCAAAAAGACUUCCUAUUUUGACUUAGAGCAAAAAUAAGGAAGUGUUAAAUUAUAGUUGACUUCCAAUUUUGCCCCUGAUGUGAUGGGUAAAAGUAAGAUGUGAUGAAUAGAUUAUUAGAGAAAAAGUAUGAUGUGAUAGGUAGGGUAUGAAAAAGUAAGGGUAAAAGUGGUUUUUUAAUAAAAAGUGGAAGUGUUU